CUGGCAACAACUAUAAAUAUUCUUUAAUGAGAAGAGAAGAGUUAUGUUUUGGAGAAAAUAAUAUUCGGGAUUUCCCCAGAAAACUUUUAUUUGUUAUGGUAUUGAAAUCGCUUUUGAAAUUCAAGAUUCCAUGUUUGAGAUGGGAAAUAUAAGCUGUCCCAUCGGGAAUUACAACUCGACAAAAUAAUGAAUCAAUUUAAGAGAAAGUUCUCAUGCUAUGCAUUGGGAACUAAGAAUCAUUUCAAUUGUGCGCAAAGUGUUGAUUUUGAUCCUCUAUACGCUACUUGUGUUUGUUUAAUUAACAUUAUGCACUAAGAAAUUUGAUGUUAGAAGAGUUACCUCAAUUGCUAUGAAUAAGUUUGGAAGAAAAUCCAAAUAGCAGGGAAAGAAUGAAUGCUUGUGAUUGGAAGUGAAAUUUUAUUUUGAAAUACUAUCUUUGAAAUUGAAUUGAAAAGUGCACAUUAUAAUGGAAAUGCCUUUACAUACUUACAAACAAUGCAAGAGAAGAUGAUUCAUAUUAUCAACUGUCUGGCUGAAUUUUCUGCAUAAAAAAAGAACAGUCAUGGCAGCAAAAACUUCUACAAUAACUCGGGUUCGUAUUGCCAAGGAAGAAUUGGAGAAAAUGUCAAAAGAACAGCUUCAGAAAUGUUGGAAUUUACAAGAUCAAUACAUUGACUUGUUAGAAAGCAAGUUGCAAAGUGGGAGUGAGCACUCGGAAUUGAUGAGCUUAAGAGAAUCUGAAGAAAAAUUGAAACAGCAACAACUUGAUGCAAGUAGAAGAGAAAAUAUCUUAGUGAUGAGAUUAACUACUAAAGAACAUGAAAUGCAAGAAUUUGCAGGCCAAAUUCAAGAACUGAAACAAGCACAGGUUCCAACUAUUGCACAAUUACGGUCUGCAUUACUUGAUCCAGCUGUGAACUUGCUGUUUGAAAGAAUGAGAAAAGAAAUCGAGGCCUUGAAAGCUCGCCUUGAAGAGACUCAGAACGAACUCAGCGCUUGGAAAUUUACUCCUGACAGUAAUACUGGGAAAAGAUUAAUGGCUAAAUGUCGUCUGUUAUAUCAAGAAAAUGAAGAAUUAGGGAAAAUCAUAUCAUCGGGCCGAAUGGCUAAGCUUGAAGGAGAUCUUGCAUUACAGAAGAGUUUUAGCGAAGAAAUGAAGAAGAGCCAGUCUGAGCUUGAUGAGUUGCUGCUAGAAUUAGAUGAAGAUGUAGAAGGAAUGCAAAGUACCAUCUAUUAUUUGCAACAACAACUGAGAGAAGCCAAAGAGCAAAUUGCUCAACUUCAAAAGGAGAAACAAGAACACUCAGACAUACCUAAUGGUUUACCAGAUAAACAUUUGUCAAAUAAUAUAGAUGAAUGCAAAUCACCACCACAAGUUCAGACAAUUGUAGAAAAUCAUCACGUAAAUAAUUCAUCUGUAGAUUCUUCAUCAGAAGAAAUAAAUAGAACUGAGGAAGCAUCUAGUCCUAUCAUCAAAACAGAAUUGAACUGUGAAGAACCUACGUCAGUAUCAUCUACGAAAGAAUGUAAUGAUACAAUGAAUGAGGAUAAAAAACCAAUUGCUUCUGAACCUUCACCAAAUGUUCCUGCACAAAAUGAUGUUCAGAAUGAUGUGUCAGUUCCUGCAGUGGAAACAGUUCAACCUGUCGUGGUUGAAAAUACGAAUUCUGUAAAUCAUGAAAAACAAACUCCAUUAAAUGAAAGAACAAACUUACUUGUGGAAAAUAUGGAUACAUCUGAAAGAACUAAUGAUCAAAUAUCUGAUGUAAAUAAAUCUACAGAAAAAGAUGUUCAAGAAACUCCCCUAAAAGAUGCUCCUGCACAAAAUACAACACAGAAAUCUAAUAAAAAGACAUCUGAUGGAGGUAAUAGAGGUCGAAAAAGGACUAGACCUCGGACUCCAGUCGAUUCUGAUAGCAGCAAAGAGGAUUCUGUGCCUGUCAGAAAACGAACUAGACGUCGUGAUGCAGAGGCUCAACAAGAUGCUGUAGAAGAAAAUAAGGUUGAAUUUGAUACUGAUACUGAAGUUCAGGUUGCACAGACAUUGGCCUCUUGGGCAACUACUAAAAAGGAAAGGACCGAAGUUCAACAAGAGGCAGAUGAAAGUUCAGUUGGAAAUGGGGAAAUAAAAACAGAGAACGAAGAUUUGAAUAAUCAUUAAAUCCUACUUCAAAAAGAGUAGGUUAAUCAUAAAUAAUUGACAUGAAGUUUUUGAUAUAUCAAAAGCUUUUGUCAGUUAAAAACAUGUAAUCAAAUUUUUAUAUUUUUGAGUUUAUAGGCAUGUUUUGUAAGAAAAAACAUCUGUUAAUUUUUUUUUCUUUCAUUAAGAGCAUUUUUUUUUUCAUUUGUAUUUUCAUGAUUUAUUAAGUGCAUAUUUUAUGUACUACUUAAUUGAAUUUAAACUCCAAAUUUGCUAGCUUUGCACAUUGUCUGAAG